UCGUCAACAAUCUGUAAGUGAAGAUUCGUCAAAGGCGGUAUAUGAGUAUUACCGAGUGAAAUGGCGUUAACGACGAAUGCCCUUGGGAUAAUCCGUAACUCUGGACAUCUUGCUGCAAACCGAGACCACGGCUUCUUUUCACCUGCACCCACCCAACACCCGAUUCACUCGAUGCCUGCGCUUGUUGUUUUGCUUCCUUGAGAACCUCCCAGCGGUCUUGAAGAAUUGUUUCACUUUGCGUCGCAUGCUUCGAACUUUGCCUCAACACCUCUCUCGCGCUCGCAAACGUAAUACCUCACAAUGCAUCGCUCAACAUUGCUUCUCGCUGUCCUUCUUUCGUACCUGACGUCAAACAUACUUGCUAUUGUACUCAAUGUCGAAGAUUCAGCAUCGGUUCUCGCAGCGGCUGCAUUGGCGGCGUCCGGAGUACAGCAGCUUUACAGCGGCAAUCAGAAUCAAACAGGAGACGUCCUAGGGAAAUUUUCAUACCCACCGUAUUACUGGUGGGAGAGUGGAGGUGCAUGGGGUGGGAUGGUGGAAUACUUUCACUACACCGGCGACACCUCGUACGUGAACAUAACGCAGCAAGCACUCAUCUCUCAGCUUGGGCCAGCGUAUGACUUCAACAAUCCGAACGAGGCCUUCGACGAAGGCAAUGAUGACCAAGCGUUCUGGGUCUUUGCUGCCAUGUCCGCCGCCGAGUACUCCUUCCCUGCACCGCCUACUCCCGUUCCUGCCUGGCUCGAUGUUGUACAAAAUGCCUGGCAAGACUACGUCACCCGUUGGAAUACCUCCACCUGUAAUGGCGGGCUCAAGUGGCAGUUUCAUCCAGAGAACGCAGGCUACAGUUACAAGAACAGUGUCUCGAAUGGUGCUUUCUUUCAACUGUCCGCUCGACUGGCCAGAGUUACAGGCAACCAGACUUACAUUGAUUGGGCAAACAAGAUUUGGGAUUGGUGUGCUGGAGUGGGUUUGAUAGACGACAUCUACAACGUCUUUGACGGCACGGACGAGACAAUCAACUGCACCGGCGUUGAUCAUCACCAAUGGACAUACAACGUUGGAGUCUUUCUCUAUGGCGCUGCAGUCCUGCAAAAUUACACCAAUGCAUCCUCACCUUGGGUGGCCCGGACUGCCGGUUUGCUUGACUCGACGAAUACAUUCCUUACGCCUUUUCAAAAUGCGACGGAUAUCAUGUUCGAGGCAGAAUGUGAACUCGAUGAGACUUGCGACACUGAUCAACUGUCUAUGAAAGCCUAUCUGACCCGUUGGCUUGCAGGAACAUCCAUAAUGGCGCCCUUCACAGCAGGACGCAUCGGAGAAAUCCUCCGAGCUUCAGCACAGGGAGCUGCUGCUGCCUGCACGGGAGGUCUGAAUGGUACCGUCUGUGGAUCAAAAUGGUACCUCGGUGGGUGGGACGGGACCAGUGGCCUCGGUCAAGAAUUGUGUGCGAUGGAAGCCAUGUAUGCGCUUUUGGUCAAUCAGACAAAUCCCCCAGCAACCCUGGGUAACGUCUCCAUCCAAACUGCCCCUGUCACAUCUACGUUGGCCGCAACAGUCACGUCACUUCUGCCUUCAGCAAGUGCUUCAGCAAGACCAUUGUUCGAUAGUGCCGCACCCGGUGGUGUUAAAGUCCAGAACAAGUUUCGGAGCAUAUUCGCUGCUAUUGCUACGACAUUUGCUGUCUACUGAAAGCAUGUUCAGGCACAGUUGUUGACGUUACGACUGAGAAGAUGAAGACAUGAAUGACGAUG